UUUAAACGCCUGUCGUGCCUCCAUAAACUCAUUUCGCUUUUGGUUGUGUGCUGAACGUAGCAACAAAAAAAUGGCUAGCUUAUCGUGUGUAUUCGUUUUUGUGCUGUGCGUGUUCGCGGUGGAAGCUUUUCCAAACGCGAGGCGAAGUGGACCAGAGAAGGCAUUUGUUUUAUACCGCAUGCCAUCGCGAUGCGUAGAAGCCCCCCAAAACGACAUUUGUGAUCUCGGCUAUAAGAUCCGAUACAUGGGCGACAAAAAGUUCGGCGAUAUCGUAUCCUUAUCUUUUAGCAGUAUAAAAAAUAUGUACCAGGAGUUCGGCUACUCUGACGAGUGCAUCGAGAAAACUAUGGAGCUUUUGUGUCGAAGCGCAUUCCCCGAAUGCAAGCCGAACGGACGGGUGGAUUAUGGCGACCAGCAUGGACUCAUUGAUCAAAUCCACGGAAAAUGUGGUUUAAGUUUCAGUAAAAAGAACUUUACCACAGGAAUCCAUAAAGAUCCCUAUGCAUCCUCAUUUCGCUUCAACUGUAUCCAUCUAGCCCAAGAUCCACAGCAAAAAUGCCCCAAACCAAAAUAUGCAGUAAGUAUCUAAUCUAAGGGUCGUGAAGGGAUGUGGGCGAGAGUUCAACCCCCCCCCCCACUCCCCCCCCCAACCACCAGCCGACCCACUGAUUGCCAAAUGCCAUAACCAGCAGCUACGCAACUUUUUUUACAAAGCACAUUAAUUAGUGUCAAAAAUUGAUUAAAAAAUAACAUCCUCAUACUCAGGUUAUCAUUUCAUCUGUAAAGUUUGAGUUUAAUCGUGUGCUGUUUGAAAAUGGUUCACGUGCAUGUCCACAGAGGUCAUGUCCCUGCAAACUCGCUCCCAAAAUUGUUGGUGCAAAAUGCCACAUUGUCAAUUGUACAAGGAUAUACACCGACUGAACGUUAAAUAUACAUCAAACCUGUUUUGGUUAAUGACUAAUGCACUAAGUGUGCUACUUCUGCUGAAUUAAACUGAGUUUCAUUCCAUAUGUUCUUCCAUGCAUAAUGAAAUAAGCUAUCGAAAAUACAUGAUUUUUCCUAUCGAGCCCCGGCCUUAAUCAACUUUGUUACUUUAGGUGCCUUCGGAUCAAGCAAAAAAUUAUUAUGGAAGGAUUCUGGACGUUAGCAGAGGGAUGGCCAAAGACAAAAAACACAUCCCCCAGGAGUGCUACCAGAAAGCUUUCAAAAUUUUUGGUUGUUCUUACGCUUUCUGUUCCUCUGAUGGAAAAGCAUUGCUCAUGAAAACCUCAAGGGAGGAUUGUGAGGAAAUUGGCACAUGGUAUGUCAUUGGGUCAUUAGUCAUAUACUGUACAGGGUGUCUCAAAAAAACCCCAAAAUCAUUGAAAUAACGUAUUGUUCGAAUUUCAAUGCCGUAACACAAAGGAUUUUGACAGGGUGAUUAAUUUGUUUUAAAAAAUUAAAAUAUCUUUGUAAAGUGAACGUUUGUUUGCUCAUGGGAAUUUAAAAAUGCUUCGUAAAUUCGUGGGUUUAGUACUUUAUGCCUGACAUAACAAGUUUACGCUGAGUAUUAUCAUUCAUUAUAGCAGUUAUGUCAAUCUUUUAUGCACUCGUGGGAUUAACUUAGUGCUAGGGCAUUGAAUAUCGAACAAUACGUCAAUUUCAAUGAUUUUGGGUUUUUUUGAGACACCCUGUAUAGACAAAUUUGGCUAUUAAUGUUGUUUGCUACCCCAAGGGACCUAUUACCUAAUGAACAAAAUUUUGAUCUAGACAAGUCUAGACAAAACUUUCAUCACAGCUUGAAAAAGCUUUACAAAAUUCAUAAUAUUCCGAAGUUUCGUUGCAGAAUGUUGUAUAGACAAAUUUGGCUAUUAAUGUUGUUUGCUACCCCAAGGGACCUAUUACCUAAUGAACAAAAUUUUGAUCUAGACAAGUCUAGACAAAAAUUUCAUCACAGCUUGAAAGAGCUUUACAAAAUUCAUAAUAUUCCGAAGUUUCGUUGCAGAAUGUUGUAAAAUGCGGAUAAUAUAGCCCUGCGAAGUUUGCCGUUUUUCAGUUGUAUAUAUACGGGCAGGAAAUUGAUACCUUUUUUUCAAAUUCUAACAAUUAUACGUUAUUUCAGUAGUUUUUUUGGGGACAUCCCGAUGCAAAGAAAUUCCUGAUCAAACGUGGAUGAGAGAGUGCAUAUUAAGAGUUGGUAGUCAGAUGACCUUGCCCUUGGUUAGCUGUUCGUAAUGCUUUCCCAACACUAUCAUGUAUUCUAUUUGAGUUAAAACAUAGUUGGGACACUUAUCAAACGUUUAAUCGUUAUAAGUUCUGAUAUCAUACGUUUUUUGUACGUUAAGUUUUGUCUUUACAGUCGAGGUUCAAUAUUACAAAUACAAUACUCAAUCUCUAUUCUGUGACUCAAUAUACAGGUAAUACAAACAAUUAGACAGUAGUCCUACCUGUUCAAUAAAGCUAUAUUCUUUGCUCGAACCACGUUGAAUAACUUGGUAUAAAAUAUCCACUUAAAAAUGUCAUGGUCGACGCUUCAAGUUUAUAGAUUUAGCCUUCUUUACAUAUAGUUGUUAUUUUUCAAAGGUUUCUCCGACAAAACUGCGACUAUAUCCUGGUUCUAUUUUCCAAACUAAAUCUCCGCCAUUUCGAGAAGACAACGUACCAAACCAGGGCAUUCACAUGAAUUUCAUGCACGCUUCGUGUUAAACUGGUUAAAACUGGUUUCAGUUAAGUUCGUCAGAAGCCAAGACCAAGACCAAGUAUUUGAAAUUUCAAAUUCAAUAAUUUGCAUUGGCCAUUGUACGUUUAUUCUCUUUAUUCCCCUGUGCCAUUUAGGAAUGCUAUUUUCGUCAUUAAUAGUUCCAAAAGCUGUAAAAUGCUAAAAUUUGCAUUUCCUUGCCCUUGGCUUAAGAGUUAAAUAUGCCAACUUGCGUUCUUAAUUAUUCUAACUACCUCAUGUAGAUGUCUCAGUCAAACGAGAAGAAGACUUGCAUGAGCAAAAACUCCUAAAUUCUAAAACUCAAGAUUAAAUUGAGUGAAGAAAUUAAAAGAGUUGGAACUUUCAUCAACUUCAGCCCCGGUCAAACAAGACGGACAGUUGACGAGAGUUGAGUGUUACAACUCGCACUCGACCUCCAAGGCCAAGUUCUCAUCGAAUCUCAUCGGCUUUGAGCUAGUUCAAAAUUUUAAGAGAGUUGUGAAGUUUUUGCUCGAAUGUCCUAGUUUAAGGUAAGAUUAAAAAAGUUCAACUCUGUCUUCCGUUUAGUCUUGAAAGGAAUCAUGCAGCAGACGACGAGGCGAUGAAGUUUGUGAAAGAAACUUGUCCCAAGUAUCCGAGCCCUGACAAGAAUGAAGAAGUGUCGCUCCCGUAUUAAGGAAACUUUGCAACUUUGAGCCGAUGACUUUAAAGAUUUGAUUUUCAUGAACAUGAACGUGCAUGCAUUAUUCAUUAAUAUAUCUCUAGAGUUAAAUUCCACUUGACUUGAUUUGCGUUUCUGUGUAAAUUAUUAAUGAUUAACAUUAAAAUCAUUUUGAAGCAUU